UAUAAUUAAAUUAAAAAGCCUUUGACAAAAUUUUAUUUUUAGCUCUCGUAAUUUUGGUAAUCUAUCUCGAUUUAGGCACGUAAAAUAGUCUUCCAAAGCUAGUAGAUCUAGAAUCUAGUAGUAGUAAUGUGAAAGAUUGAAAACAACUAGGCCGGGAGUAGGUCCUAAUGAACUUAUUUUUUCCUCUAUAUAAUUUAAGACAUUUUCAUUUACGGAAUUUCAUCACAGAUGAGACUUACAAAAAAUAAUACUAGAUUCUAGCUCUGGAUUAAUAAUACCCUCUCUCUGCUAUCCUUUAAAUGCCUUUAAUUUCAAACUGGUUUUAUACUAAAUGUAUAGUAUAAAGAAUAUAUGUUAAUAUAAUAUAUAUCAUAUAUGCCUAUAUAAAGUGACUAGAUCUAUACUAUAAUCCUUGCAAACACGUGACCUAAAUCACGUGAUACCUACGCCCGCCGCCACAGUGGUGUACACUAGCAUUAAACACAAUCAGCUGUUCACCAGCGCUGGACGUGUCUCAAAAUGUGUUCGCUGUACGUAAAGAACCUUGCACCCGCGGAAAAGGAACGUUACGUUAAAAACUUGAACUCUUAGGCAUUGAGGAUCCAUAUAUUGGUGUUGACAGUUGCGUGGAUGAAUAAAUAUAUGUGGCCAACAAUUCAGAAUAUGGACAUUGUAAAUUAUUUUGUGUUUUCAACGAACCUCAUAACACAAGAGCAGAUGAAAAAUUACAAGAGCCUGAAAUCUUACGUCUAUUUUACUGAUGGGCUUGUCACAAAAAUAAAAUGCAGAGCACUUGGAAGUAAAGUGGUUGUUGUUGCACAAGUGAAGCAUUCACAGAAGGCAGCAGAAAAACCUGUUGAGCCAUGGGUUUGUUGUGAGCCAAGUGGAGUUAUUUUGUCUGCCCACUGCAACUGCAUGGCUGGACUUGGAGAGUCAUGUUCCCAUGUAGGAGCCUUGCUGUUUGCCAUAGAGGUUGGCUGUAGAUUAAUGGAUAAUGAGUCUACCACUCAGAGAAGUUGCCAGUGGAUUCUCCCUCCGUACCUACAAAAAGUCCCUUAUCUGAAGGUGGCAGAUACAGAUUUUGAUACCCCAGAAACAAAGAAAAUCAAGUUAGACAAGCAGCCAAUCACUCACACACCAGGAAUAGUUGUAGGUAAAAUAAUACAAUCUGCCCCACUACAAAAAGACACAUUUUUGGAACACCUAUCAGUCCUUAAACACUCACACACAUUCAAAUUUCCACCAACAUCAUUACCAGCCCCACUCACAACACUAUUUGACACAAAAUACACACACUUAGGCUACACCCAGUUAGUGGAAAGUACUCGGCAGGCUAUUGAAGCCGCAACUAGAGAUCAAUCAAAUUCAAAAGACUUGUUUCGACAAAGAGCUGGGCACUUUACUGCAUCCAGAAUGCAAGUCUGUUGCAACACAAACUUGGCGCAGCCAUCACUGUGCCUCAUUAAACAGGUAUGUUACCCUAAGCAACAAACAUACAGAUCAGCUGGCAUGAAAUGGGGUUGUCAACAUGAAAGAUGUGCAUUACAACAAUAUGCACAAAUCGCGGGGCCCAAGCACAGGAAUUUUAAAAUAACAAAAAGUGGACUAGUAGUUCAUCCUGAGGUGCACUACAUAGGAGCCUCUCCAGAUGGUCUGGUUACCUGUGACUGCUGUGGACAUGGGGUGGUUGAGAUCAAAUUUCCAUCAUGUACAAAAGACAAAAUGAUGGAUGACGUAUCCAAAAAGGAGGCCAAAAACAUUGGUCUCGGAUCAAAUAAACAAUUAAGUAGCACACACCGCUACUACUACCAAAUCCAAACCCAAAUGGCAGCUACCAAGUCGUCAUAUGGGGAUUUUAUAAUAUGGACAACAAAAGAUGUUCAUAUAGAAAGAAUUUUUUUUGACAGCAACUUCUGGUCAAGCAUCUCUGUAAAGGCAGCAGAAUUUUUUCAGAAAAUUAUAUUGCCUGAGCUCUUGGCAUGCCACUUCACCAAUAAAAAGGCAACUGGUACUACUAUGGGUGUUGGCUUGCCAUUGGCAAAAACAAAAAAGCCUGAUCUGAAUAAUUAUAAAUAA